GAAUACUCAGGGACACGAUCUAAACAUUUGCUCGAUCUAAUUACCCCACCAAUUCCUCCCCACCAUAAAAUACUUUGUUGUUGUGGACAUACCUCAUAAACAACACAUAAAAAAAUGUCGAAUAUUAUACCCAAUCAAGCAAUCACUACAAACCCAGCUUCCGCAGAGAUGUCCUCAUCAUCCAAACCGACCAUCUCGAAAUUGGCAAAUCGUUAUAGAGGUGUAAGUACACUAUUCCUGACAUCACCCAGUCAGUCAAACCCAUCCACAUAAACAUGUAUAUUAACACAACCCUCGCCCCAGGCCACAGUCGAAGAUCUCGAUCCUCCCUCCGCCCUCUCCUGUAACCCUACCGAUCCCAUAUCCUACGCUCUGAUGAGCGCCUUCGAACGCGAUUACACGCAUCUCACCGUUGUAACACCUGAUACCCGAGCACUGCUAGGCUAUCUCUCCAUUCCGCAUCUGCGCAUUUUACUCGAGACGGGCAAAGUAAAAGAAACAGAUGAGGUAUCGAAAGCCAUGGUGAAAUUUAAGAGGAAGGGAAAGGCUUAUAAGGUUAUUACUAUGGAUACGCCAUUAGAAGAGUUGGAGCUAUUUUUUAAUGGGGGCGAGAAUGGGGAACAUGGAAAGCAGGAGUUUGCGGUUGUGACGGAUGAGAGGAGGAGGUUUGUUUUGGGGGUGGCGACGAGGACGGAUUUGGAGGAGUUUGCUAGGAGGAGACCUGCUUGAGAUACGGGUGUAAAUGUUGAGAAUGGUUGGAAAAUGGAGUUUGGGUUUUAAUGAGUCCUGAUUUAGAGUGCAUAGCGUGGGUUAUAGCAUGGUACUAUCUUAAUACCAGGUUUUGCCAAUUUUAUUAUGGGCUUUGUAAUGGAAGUUUACAAACAUCU